ACAUAUCUGAUUCCACCCACUAUCUAAAGUUCUAACCUUUGCAAAAAGUUUCACGAAUAAUCAAAACGACAGCAAAAAAUGGCUUCUCUCUCCGUUUCAAUGGUUCUGCCACUCAGCUCCGCCAGCAAGAACAGGUCAAAGUCAAACCCUGCUCCCCCCGAAGCCUUCUUGAAGAGGAGUGCGGCGAAGAAAUCGUCAGAGGCAGAACCAAAAAAGCUCAACAUGGAAGCGUCUUUGAAGGAAAAAGCAGUGAAGGGUCUGAGCGCUGCUGCAGUAACAUCGGGCAUGGUGAUUCCUGAAGUAGCUCAUGCAGCGGGAUACGACUUCUCUCCUUCGCUCCAAAACUUUCUGCUGAGUAUUGCUGCUGGUGGGGUUGUGCUCGUGGCGAUAUUUGGUGCUGUUAUAGGAGUCGCCAACUUUGAUCCAGUUAAGAGAACUUGAGAUGCUCUUGUAUGGGAACUUUACAUUUUCCUUUGCAUUUUAACAUUUUCUGUUCCUUUUCUGCAACUAUUUAUAUGUCCUACACUCCGUUUACUUUACUUGAAUGAAAUUGCUCAACUUGUUUUCACUAGCUUCUGAAAUUUAUGAACGAUUUCUUUGUCA